CAUGGACGUGUCGCAGCAGCAGCAGCAGCAGAAGCAGCUGGAGCAUCAUCAGCAGUAGAUUGGCCAACUCUCCACCAAGUGGCAGCAACAGAUCACACACUGCCAACUGUUCUGCUUUUUUUUCAAGUUUUUGUUUGGUUUUUUUUUUUUGGUUACUGAAGGGCUUACCCUAAAAAGAAAGCAAAAAACAAACUGUGUUCAUAAAGUUAGAGUGGAACUGCGAUAAUUGCAGAAAAGCAAACUUGUUGGUGGUAAAAAUAAAAAAUAAAUAUACAAAAAAAAAGCGAGUGUCGACCAGUGCGUGAGUUCAGUCCGAAAAGGGAUUCAAAAGAAGGGAUUGAGAGGCGGAAAAAGUUUUUGGCGCACAAAAGUAGGCAACGGAAACGCAGCGUGAGUUUGGGUGCUUGGCUAAGCCGUAAGCCGUAAGCCGAAAGCCCUCCUCCACCGCCGAGUAGUCCUGCCACCCACCGAGCCACCGAGCCACUGAGCCACUCAGCCACAUCGAGACACUGCCAAUUAAAGUUGCCCCAGCAGCUGCAACACCCAGUCACUGCCAAAAAAAGCGACGACGAAGAGGAAAGACUUUAGCCAGCAGCUGAAUUAUAUUCACAGUUGCGAAUAAGUUUUCGAAGAACCACUGCCGAAGAAACAACAAUAGAGCAGCACCACCACCACCACCACCACCACCACCGCCACCAUCACCACCGCCGUCAGCAGCAACAACUACAACUACAACUACAGCUACAACAACGUGUUGCUGCCACAAAACGCAGCAGCCGCAACGAGAGCGUCAUCUCUGCCCUUCGCACGCCUCUGCGGGUGUUACAAGAUGAUGCCGCCUGCCAGGAUUGCCAAGAUCGCAACCAAUUCUGCCCGGGCUUGUCACCGGCAAAGAUUCUAUGAACCCAAUGCAGAAGUACGCUGGCAGCACUCCGAGCACUAAACAGGCUGAGUGGAGCCACUAGCACCCCGAAUCCCAUCAGCGGAGGCAACAGCGGAGGAACUAUGAUAACGAGGCUCUACAACACCGAAGAGGAUCCCGCCUACUGCUCGUUCAUCUGGGGCGCCAAUCUCACCAGCAGCGCCGAUGUCCUGGCCAAUGCCACGUCCGUCUUCAACACCGACCUGCGGGACGACUUCUAUCGGGAUGUGGAGGAUCCGCGGACCGAAUCGCUGAGGGAAUACUGCUAUGGCCUGGUGCUGCCCAUCAUCUGCGCCAUGGGCAUCAUAGGCAACGUUUUCAACCUGAUUGUGCUCACCAGGCGCAACAUGCGUGGCACCGCCUACAUCUACAUGAGGGCUUACUCCACCGCCGCCCUGCUGGCCAUCGUGUUCGCCAUCCCCUUCGGCAUCCGCAUGCUGGUGCACAAGGAUCGGGGGCAGUGGGAGGAGUUCGGGCCCGCCUUCUACACCGCCCACUUGGAGCUUUAUUUGGGCAACGGCUGUUUGGGCGUUGGCGUGAUGAUGUUACUAGUUCUGACCAUCGAGCGCUACGUCUCCGUGUGCCAUCCCGGAUUCGCUCGACCAGUGAUGGGACCACCAGGAGUUGUGGUUUUCUUCACCUGCUUGGCCACGGUGAUCGUCUACCUGCCGAGCAUUUUCCGUGGCGAGCUGAUCAAGUGCAUCUUUGGCUCCAGCGACGCAUUCGUGUACUUGCGGCGCGACAACACGAUCUACCAGCAGACCAUCUUCUACCGCGUCUACAAGAUAAUGCUGGAGGUGAUCUUCAAGCUGGUGCCCACCCUGGUGAUCGGUGGCCUCAACAUGCGCAUCAUGAUGGUCUACCGGCGGACCUGCGAGCGCCGCAGGCAGAUGGUCCUCAGUCGUCCGCACGCCCACGCCCACGGCCACGGCCACGCCCACGGGCAGGGGCACGGACACAGUCACGGUUAUUUGAAGGACGACGAUCCGCGGAAGUUCGCCGAGGAGCGGCGUCUGUUCCUGCUGCUCGGCAGCACGUCCAUCUUGUUCCUCGUCUGCGUCUCACCGAUGGCCAUUCUCCACAUGACGAUCGCCUCGGAGGUGUACCCGAGCUUCCCCUUCCAGGUGUUCCGGGCCAGCGCCAAUCUGCUGGAGCUGAUCAACUACUCGCUGACCUUCUACAUCUACUGCCUGUUCAGCGAGGACUUCCGCAACACCCUGGUGCGCACCAUUAAAUGGCCCUGGCUGAAGGGCAAGUGCUGCCACCAGGCGGAGCACGAGGUGAGUGCCAGUCCACCGGCCACCGCCGGAACCGUAGCAGUAGCCGUUGCCGUUGCCGGAACUGGAACCGCGCCCGGCCACGUUACCAAUUUUAAUCCGGCCAUUCCGGCGCUGAUUCUCACCCCCGCAGAACACGAGGAACGGCCCAUCCGGCUUGCCAAUGGCGUGCUUCACUAAGGUAGAUAAGGGGCGCCACAAACACCACAUAACCACCACCUCGGGCCUGGGACGAUCGAGUAGCAUUUAGCCAACGCCCAUCGUCCAUCGUCCACCGCCCACUGCCCACCACCCACAACCACAACCCAACCGCCCAUCCGCUACUCGAGAUCCGCACUCCGAGAACCCCCCCAGCCCAGAGUAACCCCUCCAACACUCCCCCCAGGUCGCCGAGGUGUGCGGCCCCUUACUCUCGCUAAAGAUACCGCUGCAUUCAAGGUGUUGAGAUAAUGAUAAGAUAAAACGAUAUUUAAUAACCAGCGCCAAGCAUUGCGUAUAUAAGUGUCUGUGUAUGUGUGUGUUCCUUAAGCGUAUUUAUAAAUAUGCGGAUAAUUUUUUUGGUAGCUUUAGGAUUAGAGAUUAAUUCAAUUUGAUCGAAAAUACAUAAAUAAUCGGCAGAAAAAAGAAAUGAGCGAAAACGAAAAUGAACUAUGAAUGCAGCUUAACAACAGGUACGCAAUUUAGUCCAAGGGAUCUAAAAUAUAGUGUGGGUCACCUCAUUUCCAAAGAUCCGAAUUUCUAAACAGAACAGAAAAGACAAUUUGAAUGGUUUUAAGAAAUUUGAAAUUUUACCAAAGUUACAGUAAGGUUACAAAAUAAUCGAGGUAUCUCUUUCCAAUCAAAAGUUAUUAAAUAAGAGAUAGGGGAGACUUUUUCAAAAAAGUGCCAUUUAUGUAAUAUUGUAACACCUGUUUCUUUGGUAAAACUUCAAGACUUUAAAAACCACUCAAAUUGUAAUUACUUUUUUUGUUGGGAACCGAAAAAGCCAAAAAGUGUAAAGAGAUUCGUAACUUUGAGAAAUGAGGUUGUCCCCAACAGAUACAGAUAUGAUGAUAUCGUAAUAUUAUACUUAAAGAGCUCGUAUACUCUAGUUUUAGAUGGAUUUCACAGACAGAUACAGAUACAGAUACAGAACAGAUACAACAGACAUACAGACUAACAUAUUAGACAGACAAGUGGGACAGAAACACAGCGAGAGAGAGCUAGACGAUGAUAAGAUACUGACAUACAAUACUAAUAUAUUUACUUACAUAUAUCUAUAUGUGAACGAUAUUUAUGUAAACGACGUAUUUAUGUAUACACGCGUAACUUUAAGCGAAUAUAUUUAUAUAUGCAUAUAUGUAUCUAUUGAUUAUAGCAUUUAAGUGCGCGCAAGUGAAAUCCCGAUUCCAGCCCCAGAUCCAGAUCCAGAUCAAGAUCUAAAUCUGGCAUCCUGCUGAGCCCUUUCGUCUGACGAAAUUGUAUUGAAACUGUAUUGUUGAGUGAAUUGAGAUUGAAUUGUUAAGUUAAUUAAUUGUAGUCACACUACUUAUAGUUCUACUUUUAAUUCUAGUUAUAAUUCGAGGUCUAAGUUAUCUAGGUAUCUAGAGUAAUCGAAGCGAUUUUAGAAUACCCCCCACCCCCCCUUGGUUGUCAGUCUGAAGGGGAACUCCACUGAACCCACUCCUCCGUUAGUCCAAGGACCAUUGACCCCUGACCCCUGACCCCUUGCCCCGCCCCCUUGCAGCACGCGUAGCUAACUUUACUAAAUGUGUGUACCUAGUAUUUUAACAAAGCAAAGCAACCGAAACUUCCCAGUGAUGUCUAUUUACCCAGCGUCAGUAGGUGCUGCGCAAGUCCAAGGCUAAGCUAAGGCUUGCAUUGCAUUCAAUUUACAAAUAUCUAAAUGUAUAUCUACCAAAACGAUAUCCGCGGCAGAGUCCCUUUCGGCAAAAAGAGUUGGGUCAAACUAAUCGGAAUUCGAGAGGAGUGUCGAAACAACCAAAAAGCUGAUAUGGGCAAGGUGAAUACAACCCCGGUACAAAUUCUAAAAGAAUAUCGAAAAAAUAUAUUAAUGUUGAGAUCCUCCUUAAAAAUUUUUUUGCAAAUUCAAAAACCAUUUUCUUAAGUGAAUUUUAAAUUUCUAUAAGAACUAGACAAAAACUUUUUGAUUUAAAAACAGACUGGUAAUCUUAUGGCUUGCUACUUAAAAAUUCAAUAAAAAUUCGUUAACCUAUGUUAAAGGUAAAAUAUGUUAGAAGAAAAAGCGUACCGAUUCGGAAUUAUGCCAAAAGUAUACCAUAUUUGAAUAUGUGUUUAAUAGUUUUUGAAAUAUGUAACUUAUUCUGGUCUUUCUGCUUAUUAACUCAAUAUUAUUCUACUUCCUAAAAGAGCAUUCUCAAAAAUCGUUAAGUUAUUAACAAAUCAUAAAAUGCGUUAUGGGGAUUGGCCAAUAUAUUAUAUUUUAAAAUGUAUUUGAUUAAUUUAAAAACUUUAACGAUUCAAUAUCGUACAAAAUUCUUGCAAAAAAUAAUAUUCAAUUGUUGACUAGAAAAACCUAACAAAAAAUGGUGAAAAAAGAAUUGCAAUUACAAUUAAUAUUUUAAAGUAUAUUCGAAAGAAGUUAUCGAGCCCGUUACAAAAUUAGUUAGCAUACUCGCCAGGAUAUCGAAGAAUAUCCCUGCAUUUGGCAGCUACUCAAAGGUGAAUUAUCACAUUGAUUGAACUUAGAUCCUUUUGUUUUCGUUUUCCCGAGCUCAGCUCAAAGCCAAGAGAAAAAUUAAUAUUUAGGAACGUAGAUGAACGAAUUGAAAAAGUGAAAAGUCAGGCAACUUGAGGCUUUUAGGACACCAGAAACCCGGAAAUCAGAACAGGCAGCACGAAGGCAAAUCAAGAAUAUCCAGAAAUAGAGUCAGAGCAGCGUGAACGAAGGCAGAUGGAGUUUAAGCGAAUAAAGCAUACAACGCAAUGCAUAACUUACCAUAAACAGCAUACAAAUACCCAAUCUAAGCAAAAAUUUUAAUUGGUGUCAAAGUUCAAGAAUAAAAGUCAAGA